AUGGCGCUACCUCGGCGUUGCUUGUGCUGGAAUUUGAGAACAGCCACAUUCGCUAAUAUCGUGGCCCUUACGGUUCUGGCUGGUGGAGCUCUCCUCCUUCGUAUUUUGGAUGCUUCUACAAUUUUGGAUGAUACCUUCAUAAUAAAUCAACAUUUUAGAGCACCAUGGCGAUCACAUCAAUGGCAAACUUUUGCUGCAAGUGACGCUCUCAUCAUUUUAAGCCAUAUCUUGAUGAUUAUCUUUGCUUUGUACAUGCUGUACAUGAUCACGCAGAAGCAUUUUGUUCUGUACAUGGAGACACUGCGGACAUUUGCUUAUCUCUUCAUCUUGUACAUAUUCUUCGAGUUCUGCUUCUCUGUGUUUGAGUUCUCAUUUUAUGGACUCAAUACAUUUAGGCUGGCAUUUGUGGUGUUUCUUUGGCUUUACUGGCUGGCCAGGACAAUUGGGAAUAUUUGCAUUGCCAUUAUUCUCUUUGCUCGAAUCCAUGAAAUCGAAGACGACAUGGCCACCGAGAUCAGAUCUUCAGACAAGAAGUAUGUGCACUCCUACUCAGUGCUGGGAUAA